AUGCUCUCUCCGCAAUCUUCUCUAGGCGCGUCGUGCACUUUCACGCGUCAUGCACCUCCAGGCGAUAUGGUGCUCGUCCUGAGAGCACCCGGCGAUGCUCUCUCCGCCAUGACAUGCCUGGGGACUGGCAACGAAUCACGGACGUGUCGGGGCCCGCCAGGAGACAGCGUCAGCGCCCUGACAGCACUCGUCAGUAAUAUCUGCGCCAGGAGAUCAAAUUACAACGAGCUGCUCGCCAGGCGCUGCCAGAGCAUAUCGCUCACGCCUAGAGAGCACUCGUCAGUACUAUCUGCGCCAGGAGAGCAUUCUCAACGAGCUGCUCGCCAGGCACCGCCAGAGCAUAUCGCCCACGCCAAGACACUCUUCGUCAAUGAGUUUUUCCAGGCACUGCCAAGAGAUAUUGCUCACGUCCGGAGAGCACCACGAAUGCUUCCAUAG